AUUAUGAGCAAUCAUAUUAAUAUAUAGGUUAAGUUUCUUACCUUGUACAAAUUGUUAACGCAUUGACAGAUGAUCACUUGAAGCCGUGAAAAGUACCUACCUUAUAUUAACUUAUAAACCAUAGCUGGUCUGCUCUACAUUGCGUACAUAAUGUACUGUCUCCCCCGAGUCGUAAAUGUCCCCUUCUUAAAUUUCUUAUGUCGAUUCCAUAUUCUUCUCAUUCUUCUAAUUCUUCUUUAUAAUUCGAACCCUAAUACUAGAGCGAUGCCUUAAAGUUCUACGCAAACCACUAUAUUGGCUUCACUAACAUCGAGCUUUCCAAUAACAAACAUCACACGACCUCUUAAGUAUCUAGGUAACUUGCUCAGUCUGAUGACCCCUUUCUGCAUCUAUAGCGCCAUAAUUAGUACAGUAAGAAGGUUUAGCGGAUCAUACCUUUCAGAAGAAACUUUGUCAGGCACUUCAUCUUGCAAGUAUACCCUCAAAAUCUUACACUUAUUCUAAAUUCAAGCUACGACCGUAUUAUAUCAUAUCAUAUCAUAUCAUAUCAUUCCAUUUAAUUUCAAUUUAAUUACACUUCUCUUUCUAUGGUAUCGACCACUCUUCCUCCCUAGGCAAUCGAAAUGGCCACUGUCGACGUAUUUGCUGUCGGCAGUAGCAGAGCCGCGCAGCUUCAACACAUAAAUUACUAUAACAGAUUCACUAUCGCCACCCUUGGUGUCAAGAGCCGAAAGUUUAAACGGGUUGUAACAUCUGAGGAUGGUUCAGAGUGUAAAGACCUCCUUAAAAAGGGAAGAGCCUAUCUACAAUGGCUAGAUACUAUUGAGAUGACUCCUGAGAUUAAAGAGAAGACCACAACACCCAAAAUGCUCCAACUAAUUAUAAACAACCCUGAUCUACUCUACCCCGAAGACAUGAAGAAUAGUGCUGGUGCUUUGUAUGAAAAGUGGGAGUCUGAGAACUGGGGUGCGGAUGAGGUAGUCUCGGAAGACGCAGCCGAAGAAGAGGUAAUUCCUGAAGCUGGAGAGGAAGUUCCCAUUAUUCAGAGCCAGCUACCACCACCAAACCAUCCCAUUUAUGGGGAACACGGCAUCAUGCACGGGAUUGUGGUCGCUCGUGGCCCUAAAGGUAGAAUAUCCUACCAGCUGAAUCCACGUGUGCCUAAGAGAUCAGCCAAGGUGUUUGGGCAUAACAAUAUUCCUGUCGGGGCUUGGUUUGCUAACCAGUUGGUUGCGCUUCAUCGUGGUGCCCACGGUGCGCGAAUGGGAGGAAUUGCCGGUUCUACUGAAGCAGGUACUUAUUCUAUCGUGGUUUCUAACGUAUACGAUGACCUCGACAACGACCAAGGUGACAUACUCUACUACUCCGGCUCAAACAGCCACAAAAAUGAAGACCCCUUUCAAUCAGUACCGUCCAGCGCUGGCACAAAGGCUCUAAAGGCUUCGCUACAGACAAGACACCCCGUGCGCGUCUUACGUUCCGGUGGGCCUCAUUCCUCUAACAACAAUCGCUGGCUCCCUGAAUGUGGUAUCCGGUACGACGGACUGUACCAAGUUGUCGGUUGGCGAGAGCGUAAGAACAAAAAAGGUAAGAAUAUAUGGUACAAUGAGGAUGCAGCUAACUUUCGGAUAGGUGGACUCUAUGAGCAGUUUCGACUAUGUAGAGAUCCCGGUCAACCACCCCUGGAGGAUCUCCGUCGUACAUCACCGACAGCGCAGCAAAAACGCGACUUGAAUAGAUUCCAGCAAGGGUAUUAAAAGAACAACCUGAUGCCCACUGGUACAACCUGAAGUUAUCAUGAUGGGAACUUUCCACUGCCGAACAUACUUUUCGCAAUAAGCUCGAACACAAAAUCUCGCUUGUACGAUGAUUCUGCUAGGUCGUUACAUGUAUUGCCCCUUCGUCUUUAUUUAGGACCGAAUUUCCUAUGUAGAGACAUAGCUUCUAGUCUUGCUGAUAUACGAUGGCAUUCUUGGUGGUGUGGGAGGAAAGGGAAUUGGUGUUAGAAUCAGGAAUACGUGCUACUAGGCCGAGUUCAUGAGUUUUAAGUGAUCAUCAGAGUUGCCAAUCUGACUCAAUAGACUUCAUGCAAUAUGCAACUUUGGUACUAUAGCAUUUCCCCUUCAGCUGACAAGCAUUAGGUAGUCUUAUGCGAAUUAUAUCCGUGGACGUACAUGAUAGCAUC